AUGUCGUCCAUGACCAAUAUUACCAUUGAUAAAUCAGCUCUUCUUACUUUGCGAGCACACACUAUAGAGCCUCGCCAAAUCUUGGCAAAAAACUGGUCAGUUAGCUCUUCUGUCUGUGACUGGAUUGGAGUGACCUGCGGCUCUCGGCAUCAAAGAGUGACUGCCUUAAAUAUUUCAAAAAUGAAUCUUACCGGUACUUUACCUCCACAACUGGGAAAUUUAUCAUUUCUUCUUUCUCUUGACAUGAGUAGAAACAAUUUCCAUGGAGAAAUACCACGUGAAAUUGCUCAUUUGCGCCGAUUGAAAGUACUUGAUUUGGGCAUCAACGAUCUCAAUGGAGAGUUACCCCCGUGGAUUGGGUCAUUUUCUCAACUUCAUCACUUACAUCUUGACGAAAAUAGUUUCACUGGUCUUAUCCCAUCUUCCGUCUCUAACAUGUCAAAGCUAGCAACUUUAUAUCUUGAUGAAAACUCUCUUCAAGGAAAUAUUCCUACGGGGAUUUUUAACAUUUCCUCGUUGGAAAAGAUUGCCCUUGGGGCUAACAGCCUCUCUGGAAGUGUUCCUAGUGACAUGUGUCACCGUCUUCAGGGGCUAAGUUUCCUUAGCCUAACAGAGAACAAAUUAAAUGGUCAAUUACCAUCAAGUUUAGCUCAAUGUUCAGAACUUCGGGUGCUGGAUUUUUCGUACAACAAAUUUCGAGGAUCAAUACCGAAAGAAAUUGGAGAACUGAAGAAGCUUGAGGAGCUAUAUUUGGGUGCAUUCCACCAUUUAGAAGGUGAAAUUCCAAAAGAAAUUGGUAAUCUAACUAUGCUGACUAUCCUGUCCCUUCACGAUGCCAACCUAUCCGGUGUAAUACCACGAGAGAUUGGUAACUUGCACUCUCUCAAACUACUCAUCUUAGAAUACAACAGCUUGACUGGUUCUGUACCAGCAGAGAUCUUCAACCUCUCAAUGUUAACUGUCAUGUCACUUAUGGAAAAUCAACUUUCAGGGAAUCUUCCAUCAACAUUAGGUUAUAGGCUUCCCAGUUUAGAACACCUUCUCCUCGGGGAUAAUUACUUUGUUGGAGCAUUACCUAACACAUUCUCAAAUUCUUCUAUACUUCGUAGAAUAGAUGUUGGUAGCAAUAAAUUCACAGGUCCAAUUCCCACUUCCCUGGGUGACCUAAGUCACCUAGAACUACUGAAUCUACCUGGCAACAAAGUAACGGGUGACUCCUCAUCUCCAGCUACAAUAAAAGAUUUGCAAAAGCUUCAAUACAUGGAUCUCAGUAUGAACAAACUAAUUAGCAGAGUCGCCCUGCAUUUUCUUUGUGCUCUCCACAACUUGGAUACAAUGAACCUUGGACAAAAUCAAAUUAUGGCCUCAAUUCCAAAGUGCUUCGGAAAUCUUUCUUCCCUCAGGCAUCUUAACCUAAGUUACAACAGACUUUAUUCUGCUCCACCUGAGGAACUAUGGAACCUAAAAGAUCUCUUAAUGCUUGACCUCUCCUCAAAUCAACUGAGUGGAUCAUUUCCGUAUGCUAUUACGAAUAUGAAGAUGGCAAAUUGGAUUGAUUUGUCAGCCAAUCAGUUCUCAGGUGGCAUUCCUGACUCAAUUGGAGAUAUGCAGAACCUGCAAAAUCUUUCUUUAGCACACAACAGAUUGGAAGGAUCAAUCCCGGAAUCGAUUGGUAAGGUGUCCAGCUUAGAGUCAUUGGAUCUAUCACAUAACUUUCUCUCUGGAUCAAUUCCGAUGUCAAUGGAGAACCUUCGGUAUCUUAAAUAUAUCAAUCUCUCUUUUAACAAUUUGAGUGGUGAAAUUCCAUCCAAAGGGCCAUUUACAAACUGCACUGCCGAAUCCUUCGCUUCAAAUCAGGCCCUCUGUGGAGCUCAAAGGUUUCUUGUGCCUCCAUGCCCAACUAUUUCAGCUCACAGAUCAAGAACAAAAAGAGUGCAUAGAACCAUUUUUAUUUCACUCGGGGUAAUAAUAGCAGUGGGAGCCUUGUCCUUUGGAUUUGUUUACCUGAGAUAUCGAAGGAAAGAUAAACUUCCCAAUGGAGCCAAUUUAUCCUUAGUUGCAAUGCCAGAAAGAAUUUCAUAUUUUGAACUUCUACAAGCAACUAAUGGGUACAAUGAAAGCAAUUUGUUGGGGGCUGGAAGCUUUGGAUCUGUUUAUAGAGGCACUCUUGGUGACGGAAGGGCUGUGGCUGUUAAGGUGUUCAAUUUACAAAUGGAAGGAGCGUUCAAGAGUUUUGACGUAGAAUGUGAGGUGUUCCGCAAUCUUCGCCAUCGAAACCUCACAAAAGUCAUUAGUAGCUGCUCUACCCCUGAGUUUAAGGCAUUAGUGCUUGAGUUCAUGCCUAAAGGAAGUCUCGAGAAGUGGUUGUAUUCGCACAACUAUUUUCUGGAUCUGAUGCAGAGAUUGGACAUAUUGAUUGAUGUGGCAGGUGCAUUGCAAUAUCUCCACUGUGAAUAUGCAACCCCAGUAAUUCACUGUGAUCUGAAGCCAAGUAAUGUGCUGCUGGAUCAAGACAUGGUUGCCCAUCUAAGUGAUUUUGGCCUUACAAAGUUGUUGGGCGAGGAGAACAGCAUCACAUACACCGAAACACUAGCCACACUUGGCUAUCUCGCACCAGAGUAUGGGUUGGAAGGAUUGGUAUCAGCAAAAUGCGACAUCUACAGUUUUGGAAUUAUGAUAAUAGAAGUCUUCACAAGAACAAAUCCCAAAAGUGAAAUGUUCAGUGAAAAAUUGAGCCUGAAGAGCUGGGUGGCUAAUUCAAUACCUGAUGAAUUAGCUCAUGUCAUAGAUGCUAAUUUGCUAAAGGAGAGUGAUGAAUAUUUUGGUGAAAAGCUAAGCUGCAUAGCCUCAAUCAUUAAAGUGGCUUUGGGCUGCACGAUGGAGUCCCCGAGAGAGAGAAGCAGCAUACAGGAUGUUCUUGUUGCGCUGAAAAAGAUCAAGCUUCAAUACAUGAGUUCCCAGAGUUCAAGGAAGUCUUAA